GUGCAUAACAGCGAUCUUCCUUACAUUUGUAUGACGUCGACUGCCGACUGCGUUUUGCUCGCUUGAAGGAACGUUGCAGUGUUCAUUACAAGGUUGCAGCGACGUAGCUGCGUUCUUUCAUGGAGGGUUCUCGGUCUCGGAGCACAAGCUACACCCAGCUAAGGACACGGAACGAUGCGAUCGUGCGCCCAAAGCUUUGGAAUUCGGUUACCUGCAGCAGCGUCGGAGAUCAUCCGCUCUGGGACAACAACAAGGAUGCCGGCUAUGGAACCAGCAGCGCUGACACCGUGGUCCCGUCGCUUAGGCCGGAUGCGGCGGCGUCAGCGGCGGCGGCGCCGGCAAAGCCGCUGACUUUGCAUUCUGAAGGCGGCAUCAUGGAUGGCCCAGAGGAAGCCGGCGAGGCUGGAUGCGGCUCGGCAGCCAGGAGCCUCGCAUCGGGCGUUCCGGGCCCCAUUUUUUUCCUGAUAAAAGAGCAGGCCAAGUCGCUGCUCGCAAUUAAGGAGCUUCAAGACAGAGUUCAAGCGCUAGAAGGCUUCCGGAAUGACAUCUUUUUCGCCAUUCAAGACAUCCAGCAGACUAUGCAGAGCAGCCCAGAACGGCCACCCCAAGUUGUUCUGACAGCCAGCAAGGAGCCCGCCAAAGCUGCUUCGGUGCAUCGUAUCGACUCACGUGCGCCCUUGGGCGGCUCCGAGUCCAAGUCGUGGACACUGAAUCCCAAACCACGGCGGCACAAAGAGGGGCCGUUGAUGACAGCGGUGUGCGGUCGCGCGAGAGCCAGAAGUGCGGCUGUCGGCGGCGAACUUAGUCAGGGCGUCGUUGCCAAGCCUGUUGCUAGUCUUUCGUCCAAGGGAGACACCGCGUCCGCCAUCUUGGAGAGCGACAAGCAGGACAGCGGGCUCGAUUCCGACUGUCGGGACCACGGUUCACGCGAGUCCACGCUCGCGCCAAAGGACGAGCUGUUGGCGCUGCUGGACAUAAUCGACGAGCGGAGCGUGCAGCUGCAGGAGCGGCUGCGCGAGAUGGAGAAGUCCAAGAACUUGGACACGAUGUUACGAGGCGGCGCCAGUAGCCGCAGUGAGGUACUCGAGUUUCACGAAAAGGAGCUGCAGACGCGGCUCAGUGAAAUGGAAGUAGAACGCACAAAGCACCGCAUGCAAGUGCGUCAGCUACAAGCCACCAUCCACCGCAUGGAAGGCGAACGCAUCGCCUGCGAAGAGAAGCUGCAGGCUUCGCUCUGCGAGAGGAAGGAGCUCGAGAAGAAGGUGCACAGCCUGCACAUGCAGUACGUGCGUGCAGGCCCCAGCUCGCUACCUCUUGCCAAGUCGGACGCGGACCCGUGGCCCGUGACUAGCCUGCAGGGGGCCCAAAAGCUCGUUAGCGAUGUCGCCAAGGGCAUCACGACCGAAGAGGGCAAAGCCAAGGUCUCCAACAUACUUAAGGAGUCCAGUCUUCUGGAACUCAAAAGGCUGCUUUUGCUUUACACCCUGGAAAAUCAGGCACUUAAGGAAAAGGCGGAGGAGAGCGACCAACACUGGUUCAGUAAACUGUCUGAGUGGAAGGCCACAGAGGCCUCUCUGCGAUCGGACAUCCAAGCAUUGAUUCAGGAAAAAGAAGAAUGCCUGGAGCGUUUUAGGCGGCAUCGGAGGGACAUGGAAAUUAUGCAGGCCAAAUACAAGGAACUCGAAAUGACUGUGUGGGCUCUGGACAAUGUGGAACACCAGAGGGACUACCGACGAGACGAAGGCAUGCUGCCUGUCGGUACUCGUUUUCUGCGCCCUGCUGACCAGAGGUUACCGCGUCCUUGCCAGAACAUUUCCUACGGAGACACCGGCUGCAAAACCCAGAGCUUGCCUCCUAUGCUACUGAACCAAGUGCGAAACAGUCCGUUGCUGCCUCGCCGAGGAGCGUACGCUACGGAAUUCAGACGCAAUUCACUUGCGGAAAACUCACUGGAAGAGGUUGGUUUCAGCAACGAAGGUAUGGCAUACGAACUGGUCGAUCCCAGACACCACAAGGCAACAGUGUUUGCUGAACAGCCUCAGAAGACGUUCUCGCCGUACUGGCAAGACCGCCGCGUAGGAGCUGCCGUGAUGCCCAGCGACGCUGUACGUCUGAUGAAUCUCGAGGACGACCAUGAAGAAGAGCUCAAGUCCGGCCCACAGUCCAACAUUGAGAUGAUCUGCAACGAGUUUGAUCCGCUCUCUGAAAACGGGAGGCAGUGCGCGAAUAAGCCUCUCGAUUUUGAGGACUCUCUGGAUCUCUCCAUUCCUCUGAAGCCGACGCGAAAUCCUGCCUCCAACACACCCAGGUCGAGCCGGAGCACCCUAAACAUGAACUAUCUUUCUCCUGCUAGCAGCAGCCCCAAAGUGACACUGGAUCAGAAGCACCGAACUUUUGGAAAGACUCAAAAUUAGGCCUCUGGGUGUAGGCAUUCAGUGCCGACAUUGCAAUAUCACAUGUGAUGUUUAUUCGCUUCCGAGAAUUGGUUGCGCUUGUCGCGGGGAUGUCGCAAGCCGCUCGCUUGAUUGCGGUUGGGGUUACGAUAUGCCUUAACAACUACAUGAGUGGAGCAUUUUGCCUGUAUAUAUGUAUGAUAGUGUGUGACGUGUGUAGUUAAGAAAUUUUAAUUUGCCAUGUGUCCCCUGUUCCAGCUACGUCUUCGUAUAUGCAGGGGGAGAUUCAGCUAUGCCUCUUAGGUAAACGCCGCUAGUGAGGCUGCUACAAAGCAUUGUAUCGUCGGUCGCACUUUUUGAUGAAGCUGCCACUGGAGCGAAGAGCUGUACUUUUUGGCUCGUUCAAGAGUGCUGAUACAAGGUUACAUUUAUGUGGUAAGAACGCGAUUUCAGUUCUUGACCUAAACGGAAAGAUGCCAUUGUUCCGAUGUUUUUGAAGCGCCGAGGUGAAUGCUUGUCGUGCCUUUUUUAAGAAAUUGACAAGUAGGUGUACUUCGUUUACAUUGUGCAUCUUCUAGGCAAAGAAAAAACACAGUUCGGUGGACACUAUGCAUAGUCAUUUGCGUUUUAGUCACUGCUGAACUAAUUUCGUCCGUAAAGUUUGCAUUCCAGCAUCGAACGUACACGAAAAAUGCGAAGCGCCGCUUCGAUGUGUAGAUCUUCAUUUCUUUCCUUUGCCGUGUCUUGACGACCUCUUUGGGUGCAUACUACAUAGCAAAACACGUUCUGCUGAGCUUCAGUUGGUGUGCAUGAGCCACGCUCAAGUGAACUUGUUUCCUGGUAGAAUCUUCUUCGACCGUAUUUGCAAAAAAAAGUUGUUACGUUAGAACCGUUGGUAAUGCCGGGGUCAGCCUAUCGUCGUGGUAGAUAUUUUAGGGACUGCAGCUGGGCCGAUGGCUUUUACGAACGAAACUAUUCGUGACUGUUCGCCUUCGCAUACAGCUUUCGAACUCAUUUGAACCUAACCGAAAGGCCAGAGGCCGUAGUUAAGUGGGGCUAUAAAAAAAAAAUAUCGGCAAUGCUGCACCCGCGCUGGUAAAUUAACAUUUAACACAUUGGGCAUUUAGCUGUUCAACCGGACAGGACCAAACAGCGCUGCUCUUCAGGGCUACCGCAGUUGCUUCUCGAAGGAUUGAAAUGCCAGCGCAUUCAUGGAUGCGCCCACUGGGGCUUCUGCUGUUGGGGUUGAUCGCUGUGUGCGAAGUGGCUUGCAAACAUCACUUCCCCUCCCGGUACUGCGGGCAGAUUGACUUCGCUAUUCUCCGUCGUUUUCUUCUUCUUCAACUCUGUCCGCCGCACGCAUCGCAGAUGCCCCAGCGUUUGUUUUCAUUACAUGCUCGCAUAAAAAAAAAAAAAAAACUCAUGAGCGCACGGUUCAUAAAAAUAAUUGAAAAGAAAUAGCGAAAGUUGCCUACUUGAGGUUUCUAUUCUCAUUAAAAUAGGAAGAGAGCAUUUGUAUCUGGCUUGUAAUGACCAAUGGACGCGGCGCUUUGGAAGCAGGGACAAUGUUUUGGAUCAUCUGCAGCUUGCACAUGUAAUCACCAUCUAGAGGACAAAUUUAUGAGUUUCUUUUGUGGUACUUGCGAUACAGUGUGCUGACCAUCCACAUCAGAAAUGUGUGCAACACUUCGCCUUACUUGUUCUGCCACUGCAAAGGUACAAGUUCUGCCCAGGUUGGCACUUUGGUGCAAUUUUUUAGGGACCAGACGUUACUUUUCCCCUAACGUUUAAUGAAUUUCUCCCCGGCUGCGACGGUUUUUUAAGGCAGCUGAUGCUGUUCACGGGACGUAAAUUCUGCAACAGUUGCACGUCGUUACUCACGCCUUCAUUGCGCACCGAAUAGCCCUUGAGAGUCUCCCACUGUGCUCUGUAGCGUGCAUUUUACGACAGGACGCCAUCUUUGCGGCGGCAGCUUUUGUGGUGGGGACGCUUUACAGAAUGAGCAUAUCCACUUAAUUAUAUUCGUGCCUUCUUUCGAGGUCUUAUAUGCGCAGCUUUGAAUCGUGGUGCGCCUCCACCUUUUUAGUCACUGUUUUUUACACGAUGUUCAAAGUGCAAUCUCACUGUCAAAAUUACUCCUGCCAUGCAUUACCGGCAGUCAGUGUGCCUUUUGAGGCGUGUUCUGUACGACGCAGCUGUUUCUCCGAGCGUUAUCUUCGGCGCUCUCGCAAUGGCAGCUGCAGGUAAUUGGUUGCAUGCGCGCACCAUCGCCCACCAAUGGGGAGCGGCGGAAGAAGCGGAAUACACUUUUUACCCUGGCGAGUGCCCACCGGCACUCCCUCAUGCUUUGUGUGUUAAAUGAGGGGAUACUUAGUAGAAAUAAAGUUAUUUUUUUUUUC